AUGUCCAACGAGGACGGCAACACGUCGCCAGAGCGGAAUGAAGCGCCCGCAGCCGGCGCAGAACACCUAAACCUCAAAGUAACGGACAACAACAACGAGGUCUUCUUUAAAAUCAAGCGCAGCACGAAACUCGAAAAGUUGAUGAACGCCUUCUGCGAGCGCCAGGGCAAGAGCCCCGCCUCCGUGAGAUUCCUGUUCGAAGGCUCGCGGUGUCAACCAACCGACACGCCCGAUGCUGUACGUCCGCCGCCUUUCCCUUCGGCCCCCUCGGCCCCUGCAGCAGCCAUCGCUCCCUUCUGCCGUCCCCUCGAAAUGCAGGACGGAGACACUCUCGAAGUCCAUCAGGAACAAGUCGGCGGCGCUCUCUAA